CCACGUGCUUUUUAUGCGCGUCAUUCACACACGGUAGUGCCAGGCGUCGAUCGCAUAUCGGUGAUGCGUGUGUGACGGUGGGUAUAUUAAAUUAUAGUGUGGUUACAACGACUACUUUACGCGGCUGUUUUGAGUUGAGUAGGUUUUCUAAGGCCAAGUUGUGAGAGAAGCAACAUGUCAGCACGUGGAGGUAACUGCUACAAGUGCGGCAAGCCAGGGCACUUCGCCCGGGAUUGUUCAGUUCAAAGUGGCGGGGGAGAUCAAACCUGCUACAAUUGCGGAAAGUCUGGCCACAUCUCCAGGCAGUGUCCCAGAGGCGGCAGCACUUUCAGCAACAACAGUGACAAGGAGUGCUACAACUGCAGUCAGAUGGGCCACAUAUCGCGGGACUGCCCCAACACCAGCGGCGGCGGCGGGGGCGGCGGGGGAAACAAAGGCUGCUACUCGUGCGGCAAGAAGGGCCACCUUGCCCGGGACUGUCCCAGCGCGUCAGGUGGCAGCAAGUGCUACAACUGCGGUGAGGUUGGUCACAUCCGUAGCGAAUGCCCGGAGGCCAAGUCAGGUGACGACUCGGAUGUGCUCUGUUAUAAAUGCAACAAGCGAGGGCACAUAGCUCGCGACUGUACAUCUGGAGGUGGCUGGCAGGGAUCAGAUAUGAAGUGUUACGCAUGUAAUAAACUUGGCCACCUCGCUCGGGAUUGUCCUGAUGAUGACAAGAAGUGCUACCGAUGUGGCAAAAGGGGCCAUUUUGCCCGUGACUGUGAUAACGAAUAGACACACUGACAUGUCUACAUGAUGCCCGUCUCUUAGUUGAGGUCUCGCAGUCCACAUCAGCCAAUGCAGUGAACACCACCUACGUGCUGUGCAGUAAAUGACAAGGUUACAAUUCAAAAUAAUGGUUGUGCGUGGAAGCAAAACCGUAUGCUGCUUUUUGGGGCCCAUUUGUUCCGUAGAAUUUAGUAAAAAUAAAAUUGCGUUGUAGUUAUUAAACCAUUGAAAAGGAGGCAAUGUGGCAAAUAUCUAAUUGCCUCCUGUAUUUACAUUUUGAUGAACAUGUGAACGCGGGAUCCAAUGGAAAAUUUCUCUUUGGAAAAGUUGCAAUUUCUUGUAAGGUGACAAAUUUUCAUGAGAAAAUUCAUAUUUUAAUUGACGACAGUGGUGCAGAUGAAGGAUGGUCACUUUCUGUGGUUUUUUGCAGGCCAUAAAAUUCCUUAUGUAAUCUUCUUUUGUCUCGCAAAAAAAACUUUACCAGGUUUGUUUCAGAAAGUUUGCAAAAUUAAAGCAGUGUGUGCUUUUCUGACUUAAAAAUCCGAUGUGCUGGGAUAUGUACUUUAAAUUGAAGUUAUCAUGUUGCUUUGUGGUUGUCCUGGAAAGUUUUUUUUAAAAAGCUGUCAGUUUUAGUAAAGUCUGCAAUGGCAGAUGUGUGUUUUCAGAAUCUCCUUGAUAAUUUUUGGGUAAUUUUUGCUGGAACAAGUCGGUUUUAAGUGUAAGUUUGUGGUUUACCUUUGAACUUUGUCCGCAAAAACAUUCUCUGCCAUUCUUGUCUUAUUACAUUGCGAUCCUAAACCACCUCUGUUCUGUUGGGAAAAUGUGAAUAUUGAUAUUUCAAACAUUAAAGUAGUUUUUGUCUUUUGAAGGUUGAUCUUAACAUGACUCUCCUUCAUAAAUUUUCAUAUUGUUUAGUUGAAUUUCUUAUCUCAAUAGAAGUAGUGUUUUUUUUUUUACUUUAAAAGUGUCUCAGUUAAAGUUAUUUACAAAACUGCAGCCAUUGAAACAUGGGAAAAAAUCACUUUGAAAUGUUGGGCCAAUUUCAGGCCCAAUCAAGGUACAUUUAAGGCUUCUCUGGCCUUCAUUUCAGGUUCUGGACAAGUAUUUGGCUGGCAUCCCUGCCAGACAAAAAUUGACUAUAUAUUGCAAUCAAGUCCAUCACACCCCUGCAAGCCCAGCGCAGGUUAUUCAGUCACAAGACUGAAUGGAAGGACUUGUGACUGGAUUGGUGAUGGACACGACCAUAACACUGUUUAUAAAGUGGGCAGCCCUUUAGCCAUGUCUUCUCGAAAAUUCAUUCCAUUAUUUUGCAAUUCUGUCUUGCUGUUAGCAAUGCUUUGGCGUAAUUUUAAUGGAGGUAUGUGUAAUGUUGCUUCAUAUGUGCUGCUUCAUAUUAACCACCUGAAAGGUUUUGCCUUGUGAUACAAUGGAUGAGGGUGUGUAUAUAGUAUACAUCUAAGUCUGAUUUUGUUCUGGUGUGUCCAUACAUGUGUAUAUGCACGGAAAUUGAAAUUUUGGUAUCUUUUACGUGUAUAAGAAUGAAAGGAUUUACAUAAAUUUGUUUUUGUAAUGUAUGACAUUUAAAGAAAAGCCAGUUCUGUUUCUGCUGUGAGAAGGAAGAAGGUUGCCAAUUCAGUACAUGUACAAUUAAAUGAAACUCCAAAGUUACUUGUGAAA